CUUGCACCCCGUUGUUUCCCUCUUGUGUGUGUCCGUCCGUGCAUGCGUGUGUUUGUGUUUGUUUGUGUGUGUGUGUGUGUGUGUGUUGUGUGGUUCUGACUGCCUGCCUGCAGACGAAAAAGAAGGUAACAUCGAUUGCUCUAAGCUCUUUAUGAAGCUUAUGAUAAAUCAGCUGUUCACAGAGGCAUCAGUUAACAAUGGCUCACCGUCUGUUUGAGGGCAAGAAGCAUGCAGCUUCUUACUUAAAGUACAGGGUCUCUCCAUCAGAACUUCUUAUACAACAGGUCCUUGGAUUCAUGGAAAAACGGAAAGCUCGUCCCUUUGAGCUGGCAGUGGAUGUGGGUUGUGGCUCGGGACAGGGCACUCGGCUGCUGGCCCAACACUUUGCUUCCGUGGUGGGGACAGAUGUGAGUCCUGCCCAGCUGGAUUUGGCUGUGCAGUAUGCUCUGGAGGCAAACAUCACAUAUAGUUCCUGCUACCUUCCCAUCUUCAGAGAGUGUGCGGCUGAGGAGCUGCCGUUGGCUGACAGCUCAGUGGACCUGCUGACGGUUAUGACUGCAUUCCACUGGUUCGACAGGCCACGCUUCCUCCUGGAGGCCCACAGAGUCCUGAAGCCCCGCGGCUGCUUGGCUCUGCUCAGCUACACCAUGGACAUGGAGCUCAGCUACGACGGCUGCUGCUCGCAAUCAAUCAACCAAGUCUGCACAGAGUUUUAUGCAGCUUUAAAACUCUACCGCGACCCUCACAUUGGUCCCAGCACUAUUGAGUUGUACCGGGCGGCGUAUGAAUCCAUCCCUUACCCGGACAAGGAGUGGCAAGAGUGUGUGAGAGUGAGAAAGGCCAUGCCUCUGUCCGGCUACAUGGGGAUGGUGGAGUCUUUCUCCAGUUAUCAGAUUCUGCUGAGAAACGACCCGCAGAAGGCAGAGCAACUCUCCCAGGACAUCUGUCAAAAGCUGAUGUCCGUGAUGCAGGUGACCUCAGCAGAGGCAGAGGUGGUGGUGGCUGUGAAGUAUUACUACCUGCUGGCCUGUAAACCAGAGGAGGCCUGAGUCCUACCACCUCUCACACUUUCAACACCGAUCAUGAACGUCACGGACACAGGAAAUUGAUGUGUGAGGUUGUUUUAUAAAAUACCACUAGAGGGUGACACUCAAA